CAUAACAUUAAAUUAAGAUCAAAAGCACGUUAUUUUUUGUUUUGAUUCGUUUUUACAAUAGCCCAUUUUAACUUAGUGGAUGUGAUAACUAGUAGUAAAUCCCUUUGAAAGAUUGAUUAACGUUAUGAUGCAGCUUGUGGUGUUGUGCAUAUAAAGAAGUACUAAUGUUCCAUCUUAAAUACUAAAUACAUUGUCCGUCAUCUCUCACGAUGGAGAUUUUGCGGGAUGAUGAAGAACAAGAGCUCAAAUAUAAACGUACGGGUCGUUUGGACAUGAGCCAUGGUUUCUUACACCACAUUCGAAGGAACCAGAUUGCCAGAGAUGACUAUGAUAAGCAGGUAAAGCAGGCCAAUGAGCGUCAGAGGGCCAGGCUCACCACUACCCCCCGACGCCCCCGCCGGCCAGAUAUCCAAGUGUACCAUCCUCGACGUGGAAAUGGAUCUGAGCCAGGAGUGGGUGCAGAGACUGAAGAGUGGAAUGAGAGUGGGUCGAGUACAGAGCCAGAGACCCAUGGAACUGAACUCUUCUGGCUGGACUACCAGGCUGACUCUGGCUGUGUCACCUCCUUCAUUGUACACAAGGAGGACAAGCCAGAGAGGGUGGUGGAGCGUGUAGCAGAGAAGAAUCUUCUGGACUCAGCCAUGAGGGUGGCACUGCAGGCCCGGGUUCGAAAGGAAAUGGAUAAACGUCUGGACAAACGCUGAAGGAAGUGAAUGAAGUUAACAGUGAUGAGAGGGGUGAGGAGGAGUCAGAGGCCUCUGUCUACCCUCCAGCCAACCCUCUUCCUGUAUGUAAGGAAUGCUAGUAGCAGAGGACUACUGUGGACCCACAUUCUGAGAGACUGUUAACCAGGAUCUGAAUGACGUCACACAGCCACGCCGUCCCCUCUGUGCUAGUGUACAGCCAUGGGGAAAAGACUGACUUACAGAAGGGUAAAAAUGGAGCCGUCCUCACAUCUCUUGUAUUGGGCUGGCAUCUCUGACCCUGGGUCAUGUCUGUAAGGGGCCCUGUGAAACUGCCGUUGUCUUGUGGUUGAAUGGGCCAUUGGCUGUCAACCUGCUCCAAAGGACAGAGCUGAGAACAUGGACCCCUAUCUGAGCCACACCAGGGUAAGGCUGGGCAGUAUACCAUAUUUUACAAUAUACCGGUAUUGACACACAGACUGGUUUGGGGUUUUACUUUACCUUCUGCAUGGUCAAUGCAGCACAUACAACAAUGUUGAUGACAACAAUGCUGUUUUCAUUUAGCUUCUUAAUAUAAAUCUACAAGCAUUCUAUAAUUACACUAUUAGUUUCUGUUUCUUACAUCUGUAAACCUCUAGUUCGGCUUGUCUUAGCAAGUUGGGCCUAAAUCCUGUUAGCUACUAAUGCUAAUUGCUAGCUAAAUGUACUGAAUCAGAGCAAACGUAAUUAGCUAUACAGCCUGAUAAUACCAGAUAGUGUAGACCUAAAACAGCAUGUUUGUGCAACAGUAUCUUCUAAAUCAAAAAGGAAGCAAGAAUGUUAGCUACAUGAAGAAGGUAAGAGAAAACAUUCAAUGUAGCCACAGAUUGAACAGUCCCCUAGAAACACUUAUCAACACUUUUGUUCCUAGUUCCUACCCUGUCGCAAUAACUCCUCCCUGGCAUUUUCAUUCAUUGUCAUGUCGAACACUGUAUUCAAAGUGCCAACUAUUAUUCUAACUAUAGAAUUAGAAUAAUCAUUCUAUUUCCAUAAUUCCAACAGUUCACCCAAGUGUUUUUCUCUAAAUCGUAAGUCAAAUUGCAACAUUUGGUUAAAAAUAAGGCACAGAUUGUUUGCCCAUAUCGUGCAGCCUUAUGUGCAAAUGAUCUCAAAUGAGUGCAACAAAUUUAUUAAAAUGCACAUUUGGGGGGGGGGUUGAAGUUGAAUUGAACAGUAUAAAACAAUCUGAAUGGAGAAAGACCCAUUGAAAUCACUUAGAAUAUAUGUCUUUCCACCCUAGAGUCAUACACUACUCAUAAAUAACAUUGAGCUUUUAUUAUACUUUUUGUUUUAAUACUGUGAUAUUUUGGCCAUAUUAACCCCCACAUCCACCAGAGGCCACUUUUUUUUUUUUAUUAACCUUUAUUACAACUAGGCAAGUCAGUUACUGCCCAAUGGGACUCCCGAUCACAGCCAGUUGUGAUACAGCCCAGGAUUGAACCAGGGUCUGUAGUGACACCUCUAGCACUGAGAUGCAGUGCCUUAGACCGCUGUGUGCGGCAGUUUCAAGGGUGCGUGCACACAAUCCUUGCAUGCGGCAGUUUUCCCGCAGGGGUUGGUAUUUAUACAUUUUGAACGAUUCCCACGCAAAUCUCAGACCAUGCGUACCCACAACUUCUAGUUGUUGUCUGAUCAACUGUAUUGCAAGCAAAUAUUGUUAUUUUGGGGGAAAUUGAGGUGUUUGAUGCACAGGAAUUAUAAUGGUAGGCUAAUAUCAUUAAAACCUAUAGGCCUAAUUAUAAAACAGAUGCAUUUGUCAUUGGUAAAAAGAUUGCAUAGCAGCAUGUCACCCAAUAUAUGUUUUACUUUAUAUAAGCCUACAUCAUAAUCUUAUUGCAGGGCAUAUCUCUCCUUUUCUGACAUGCCACUACAUAAAAUAUUAUGCUACCAUUUAUCCAUCCCUUAUUCAAUGGCCAACCAUGCUAGAAAGUAAAUAGACCGGUAGCCUAUGACAGUAUGGUUAGGCUAUAGUAUCGCUGUGCGAAAGGAGCGCAACAUAAUAGCCUGUUUAAUCUCAACGCCUAUACCAUGGAGAUAGUCUAACAAUCAUGUAUUGAUAAAAUAUUUCACAACAAUUCAUAUUUUGCAUAGACGUGUGGACUGUAGGCAGCAUUUACUUGGAAAUUGUUCAAUAGAAAAUCAAUCUUGCAGAAUGCGUGGCCUUUUCUCAAUGUAGACGUAAUGCAUUAUUUGUUUUAAAAAAGUAACGGCAGAAGAUGAAAACAUUCUGCCCACACCUCUACAGAAAUGUGAUCACAUUUGCCAUUGCGCUUUCCUUUAGCAACUAUCACGGCCCAGUUCCAACAUCUCCAAAUAAUACAGCAAAUGAAGGCGUUGUUGUUACAAUAAAAGGUGAAUGGAGGGCAUUUUCCCAGCGGAGGUGUAGCGCUCGUUCUCACACACAUAUGGUUUAGCUCUGAUUUACCAAUUACGCUUGCAUAUGUGCAAAUGUUUGAUAAAUCCCAAUAAUGUGUUUCCAUUCAAAUCCUAGAUGCUCCACGUACGCCAAAAUUUAGUUUGAAAUGUAUCCACGUUGAUAAAUGAGGCCCUAAUCCCCAGAAACUGGGACGCCACCCCUGUGAAUUUCUUUUUCACCACACAGUGACAUCCUCUUCCCCAUAGAAAGUGUGCUGUGUUUACCAAAUGUGUACUUUUUGUUUAUAUGGAUGUGGUUUAAAUCCAUUGGAGGCUGCUGAGGGGAGGACGGCUCAUUUUAAUGGCUGGAAUGGAGCAAAUGAAAUGGCAUCAAACACAUGGAAACCAUGUGAUUGAUGUAUUUGAUAUCAUUCCACCCAUUACCACAAGCUCUUCCUCCCCAAUUAAGGUGCCACCAACCUCUUGUGUUUACAUUUUAUUUGGCAAAGUGAUGUGACUGGGAUGUCAUUGCAGUUAUGUUUUUUUGUUUUCAUGAAAAAGUGACCAUGUUGAUUUGCUGUCUGCAGGGUUACAUGAGGUCACUGUGACUCAAUAUGACUAAGGCAGGAGAGCAAAUCAAUUGGUCGUAGCUGAUUCUUGUUUGUUUAAAAAAUGUGCUGUGGCCAUGACUUCUCUCAUUUAUUUUGUGAUUGGCCUAUAUGUUCUAAGAGUUAUUUUUUUAUUACUGUCAUUUUCUGGAAAGAUCCUUAUUGUUUCAGUAUUACAUAUAUUAAAUAUUUAUUUUCCAAA